AUGGAGCUUGAAGGUUUCAAUGAAAGCCAUUUGGACACCCCAAAGGCCCUUUUCCAUGCUGCAAGAUCUGGCGUGACAGAUCGUUCUUGGGUCACAGUACCUCUUCAAAUACACUCCCUAGAAUUUGAUAAUGGCUUGCUUGUUGCGUGCAUCGCCAUCUGUUUGGUCAUUUGCUUGAUCAAUCGGGCUGUGAUGCAGAAGAAAUUCAACUCAAUAUCACAGCAACAGUCGUCGAAUAAGCAGCCGCCAAAACUUCCACAAUGGAUACCCGUCAUCGGAAUUGUGCCGUUGAUGAUCUCAUAUUUGUUCAGUAACCCGAUGAACGUCAUCAUGAGCUCAAGCAUAUUUUGGAUGCCGGAUCCAAUCCGCCUAUCUAUUUUUUCAAAAGACGUAUAUAUCGUCCAAGGAGCCGAGAAUAUCAUCAAUGUGUUCCGUAACUCCUGGACGUCCACAUCAACAUUGAUCCAUAAAUUUAGUCUUCGAAAUGCGUUUGGAAUGUCAGAAAAAGCGCUGGAAAUCUAUGACAAGGACGAUUCAGGGGGUAGCCUCCGGCCGUAUCCCGGAAGCACGGUAGAGGCCAGAAACCGGGUGGACUUCAAAACCUAUCAGAAUAUUGCCCGAUUUCUCGCAGGUAGCGGCUUCGCACCGUUCUGGCGACGAUAUCACACCGAUGUGACAAGGCGUCUCAAAGGUCAUACGCUCGGCUCGGAGUGGGAGCAUUGGCCGGACUUUCUGGGGUUCUUUGAGGCAGAAAUCUCAUCUGCCACUGUGAAUGCUCUCUGUGGUAGGUAUCUCUUGAAACGCAGUCCGAAUUUCCUGAAAGAUUUCUGGAAAAUGGAUCGUGAGGCCGGAGUGCUUUUCAAGGGCACCCCGAGGAUCUUCGCAACGAAGGUUUACGCAACGCGAGACCGGCUGCUUGCCGCCAUCAAAGACUGGCAAGCAUUCGCAAGACAAAACUUUCACCCAUCCACAAUCGAGCCAAGCGGAGAUGACCCUUUUUGGGGUAGCAGCUUUUUCAGGGAUCGGCAAGGCGUCUUCAUGGACAUGGAUGGUAUGAAUUAUGAUGCAGUUGCAUCUGAAGACUUUGGAGCUAUCUGGGCAUCCGUACGAAAUGCCAUUGUGGCAGCGUUUUGGACGACGUUAGAAAUAUUCCAAGACCCUACCCUUCUUGCCAAAGUAAGGGAGGAGCUCAAGAUGUGCAGAAAUGACGAUCCCGACACCCUUUUUGACAUCGACCGUCUACUGCAGUCGCCCCUUAUGCAGUCGAUUUACGCAGAAGUAUUGAGACUGCGCGUGCAUGUUUUCAUCGUGCGCGCACCUAAAAAAUACAAUCUGAAAAUUCGAGACUGGUUCAUACCGAUUGGGAAGACACUCAUCAUGAGCUCGACUCCUGCGCAUAUGGACAAGGACGUCUGGAAUACGGGCGCAAGCGAUGAACAUGGCCUCGAUACAUUCUGGGCCGAAAGGUUCAUGAAAAUACCAGGCGAUGGGUGUAGUGGGCCUAGAAAGCAUAAAAUGCGGGCCAAAUCGCCGUCAACCUCAGUUCACGAACCGCAUACGACAUCCCAAGCCACAUUUGUCCCUGAGGAUGUUGAGGGGUCGUGGAUCCCUUACGGUGGAGGUCCCCGCAUGUGCCCGGGUCGGCAUUUCGCGAAACGUGAGAUCAUAUUAACGGCAGCAAUGAUGGUCACAUUAUUUGAUUGUGAGGUCCUGACAGCCGUUCGGUCGUUGAAAAUGGAUAUGAAGGGAUACGGCCUGGGGACCCUCAAUGCGGACGCCAAAGUUCCGGUGCGAAUCAAGCGUAGAAACCUUGAUCAGGAUUGA